AUGACUCAAAUACCUACGCCACCAGCGUCGCGACCGGGCUCGGAGGCACCUGAAGAGAAGGUGAAGCCGGUAGCUUUGGAGGAUUCGGUCCAAUGCUUGGAUACACUUCUUGAACAGUACUUGCACCUGCUUGAUCGGCAGCAGAAACUACAUUCAAGCCUGGCAGAACAGCUGUCUUCGGGGUUUUUUGCUCUCGCCCACGCCAAUUUCUCCAGCCCUGGCCGUCGCUAUGGUCCCGAUUAUUAUGAUGGUCGCAUGAAAGCAGCGAGAAAGAUAGUAAUCCAAUCCGAGCGAAACACGGAGAAAUCCACGAACGACCUGCAAGAGAAAGAAGAUGUCACUACACUACCUGAUUCUGAAUACAUAUUCUCUGUCAAAACCACGUCCUAUCAUUCACCAGAGGAGACCGAUGGGAACAACGAAACCAAAGCCUCUUCUCCGGUCCUGGAUGGACAUACUGCAGCAUCCGAGGAAACUCGCCCGGCCGAGACGGCUAGCUCAGAACCCUCUGACACUGCGGAAACCGAAACCACCCCUGUCGAAAAACCAAAGCCCAUCCCCAAGAAGUUCCGUUCUGCCGAUCCAAUUCAUUGGUAUGGAAUAUUGGUCCCUCAGUCGCUGCGCAGGGCACAAGACUCUUUCACAAGUGCGAUAGACAAUCAGGUGCCGGAUUUGGCUAGCACAACACUCGAAAUGCGAGCUCUGGAACAGCAGAUAAGCCAAUUACGGGCUCGGCUGGAACCUGAAUCCUCUGGCGUAAGCGCAACUGUGUUGUAG